AGGGUUGUGGCCACGCGCAGCGGCGGCGGUUGUUCCGCUUCCCCUCUGGCCGUCGCCAUUGCCGAAGGCUCCCUACCCUCCCCUCCCGGCGCCCGCGGGGCUCGGCUGCCGCUCGGCCUUGCGGUAGCAGCGGCUGCGCUCCAGCGCGGCUCGUCUUCCCGCCCCGCUUCCCCCUCCCUCCCUGCCUCCCCUGCGCCUUGCGCUUGCCCGGGGCGGUUCCAGAGCCCGCCGGGAGCUCGGACCGAGGCGCCUCGCUGGGGCGGGGACCUUCCCUCGCCUGGGGCCACAUCAUAAUUCCGAAUCAUGUCUGAUAACGGAGAACUGGAAGACAAGCCUCCAGCACCUCCUGUGCGAAUGAGCAGUACCAUUUUUAGCAGUGGAGGCAAAGACCCUUUGUCAGCCAAUCACAGUUUGAAACCUUUGCCCUCUGUUCCAGAGGAAAAAAAGCCCAGGAAUAAAAUCAUCUCUAUAUUCUCAGGCACAGAGAAAGGAAGUAAGAAGAAAGAAAAGGAACGGCCAGAAAUUUCUCCUCCAUCUGAUUUUGAGCACACCAUUCAUGUUGGCUUUGAUGCAGUUACUGGAGAAUUCACUGGCAUGCCAGAACAGUGGGCUCGAUUAUUACAGACCUCCAAUAUCACCAAACUAGAGCAAAAGAAGAAUCCUCAGGCCGUGCUGGAUGUCUUAAAGUUCUAUGACUCCAACACGGUGAAGCAGAAAUAUCUGAGCUUUACUCCUCCUGAGAAAGAUGGCUUCCCUUCUGGAACACCAGGACUGAAUACCAAGGGGUCAGAAACAUCAGCAGUAGUAACAGAGGAAGAUGAUGAUGAUGAAGAGGCUGCCCCUCCUGUUAUUGCCCCACGACCGGAUCAUACAAAAUCAAUUUAUACACGGUCUGUAAUUGACCCUAUUCCUGCACCAGUUGGUGAUUCUAAUGUUGAUAGUGGUGCCAAGUCUUCUGACAAACAGAAAAAGAAGACCAAAAUGACAGAUGAAGAGAUUAUGGAGAAAUUAAGAACUAUUGUGAGCAUAGGUGACCCUAAGAAAAAAUACACAAGAUAUGAAAAAAUUGGGCAAGGGGCUUCUGGUACAGUUUUCACUGCUACUGAUGUGGCAUUGGGACAGGAGGUUGCUAUUAAACAGAUUAAUUUACAGAAACAGCCAAAGAAGGAAUUAAUCAUUAAUGAAAUUCUAGUGAUGAAAGAAUUGAAGAAUCCCAACAUAGUUAAUUUCUUAGACAGCUACCUGAUGGGAGAUGAAUUGUUUGUGGUAAUGGAGUACCUUGCUGGGGGUUCACUUACUGAUGUCGUGACGGAAACCUGCAUGGAUGAAGCACAGAUUGCGGCUGUAUGCAGAGAGUGUUUACAGGCAUUGGAGUUUUUACAUGCUAAUCAAGUGAUCCACAGAGACAUCAAAAGUGACAAUGUGCUUUUGGGGAUGGAAGGAUCAGUUAAACUUACUGACUUCGGUUUCUGUGCCCAGAUCACCCCUGAGCAGAGCAAGCGAAGUACCAUGGUUGGAACGCCAUACUGGAUGGCACCAGAGGUGGUUACACGGAAAGCUUAUGGCCCUAAAGUGGACAUAUGGUCUCUGGGUAUCAUGGCUAUUGAGAUGGUAGAAGGAGAGCCUCCAUACCUCAAUGAAAAUCCCUUGAGGGCCUUGUACCUGAUAGCAACUAAUGGAACCCCAGAACUUCAGAAUCCAGAGAAACUUUCCCCAAUAUUUCGGGAUUUCUUAAACCGUUGUUUGGAAAUGGAUGUGGAGAAAAGGGGUUCGGCCAAAGAAUUGUUACAGCAUCCCUUCCUGAAACUGGCCAAACCAUUGUCCAGCUUGACGCCACUGAUCAUGGCAGCUAAAGAAGCAAUGAAGAGUAACCGUUAGCAUCAUUGCCGUGGCCUCAUAUUCUUUCUUCCAUUUUCUAAAAGAAAUCUUUUAAUAUAUGAAAAUUAUUACUCUUUGGGGCUUAAAGAAAUGGUCUGUAUAACAUGGAGGAAAAAGCAAACUACUGCUUCCUGAAGACAACCAAGAGAAAAUUACAAAACGGAAUGAAAACUUUCCAUUGAAUCCCUUCUUUAUAGGGUCCAAAAGGAAUUAUGGACUGAAUCACUAGCCAUCUUUCAGCAGACAGCCCAUCAGGGCCAUUUAUCAUGCUUGAGAUUUGCAUUUAAUUUUGCUGAUUUCACUGUAAUGGAUCCCAUUCAUUGUCCCUUUUGGGGGGGGAGGGUAUUUUCAAUACUUGAAUGGCAGAUUCGAGUUUUUCAAGAGUAUUUGUUUCAUCUGCUAGUCUUUUCUCUCCAUAGCCUUUUUUCCCCCUUGACAUGCUCUUUUUGAGUUGCUUUGAGAAAUUUUUCUCAAGCCUAAAUUUGAGGCAAAUGUAAUAAAAUUAUGUAGUUCCUUAUAUUGGCAAAGGGGCUCAAAAUCGUUUAGCUUUGUAUAGAAGUUAGGGCCAGCUAUUAUUACACGUAGUGUUUCAGUUCAUAAUUUGAACUGAAGGAAGGGAAGAAAAAUAUGUGAUUUUUACCUUUUUUAAUAAUGUGAAAGUCAAUUUUAGAAAUUUCAUGGUAGUGAGUUGUUUGGCAUUUGUUACAUGUAUAAUAGAGAGACUAAUAAUCUAUAUUUAUAACUAAAUCAUUGAGACAGAAAAAGAAUCCCAUUGACUAUACAACCUUACAAUUUAAUUUCCUUUCUAAGUGUAUCCUCUUCAGAUUGGGCUUUAGGAACCAAAGUUAUUUGCUCUUUCUUGUUCCAACUUGGGCUUUGUGACUGGUUGGUAUUGCUACUUUGCCCUUCCCCCUUUUUUCCCUUCAUUUUGGAAAUAAGUUUCUGUAUAUGUUGUAAUUUUAGUUAGUUUGUUUUUUAAUUAACCCUCGCACCCUACUCCACCCCUGUCCCUUUGGUAAAUAAUAUAAUAACCAUUGAAUUUUCAGAAUUUAAAAGUUAAUUUUUUUCCCAUUUAAAGAAGAAAAAUACUCGGAGCUAGCAGAAACAAAGCGAGAGACUAGAACUCUAAAAUAAUUAGGUAAGAUUAUAUUCAUGUAAGAGAAAUGACGGUUACAUAGAGAUGCGGCUUCUGACCAGUAAACUGUGGAGAUCUGUUAUAAACAUUGUUCCCAACCAACAUUUCACUAGCAAUGAGAACUUAACAUGACAAAGUUCUUGAUAAAUUCAUUGAUUAUUUGAGAUGUUGAGUUACUCUAGAUUUUUUUCAAAAAAAAUAAUGUGUAAAAAAAAAAAAACUAGAGAAAGGAAGAAAAAUGAAAUAUCCUUGUUGAUAGCAAUACUUUUUUUAUUUUAAAAAUUUUAAGAAGGUCUGUGACCUGUAGCAUUAAUUAUGAGAGUGCCCUCUCUUCUCCCCUCCCCGUUCUCUCCUUGUUUUUUAUUUUCUUAUGGAAGCAGUGUCGUCCUUCAAGCCACAUUAAAGAAAACAAUCUGGUUUGGUUCAGGCAUUUUGUUCCCACCACCACUCUUAAUUAACUUCACACCUACUUGCCGUCAGUAGUACAAAUCAUGAAUAAAAAUAAUUUUGAGUA